AGCAGUUUAAACAACGACCUGAACGUGCAAUGAUCCCGCUGCCAGACUCGUUUCGAUGCCGACUUGCUGCAAAGGUUGGGAAACCCUUAGGCAAAAGCCGAACCAGCGUUGGUCAGCCAGUCGAGCUCAACCUGAGCACAUCGUCAUUUGGAGUUGUCAGCGCCAUGCUUGUCGACGCAAGCACCUCCAUUGUCGCUGUGCAUCAUGCAGAGCCUACAAACUCGAAACUACUUUGGGACCCAGCCACGGCCAAGGAUAUAUAUGUGAAAACAGCCGCAAACACAACGCAAGAUAAGUACACCAAACUCACCAUAGACAAUUACAAUGAGGUCAUCCUGCAAGUGUGGGAAAAUGCAAACAAGGUCCGAAAUGGCCAAGCAUCGUUUGCUGUGUUGCUUUUCGCGUACAUUGACAAAAGCACCGAAAGUGCAGGAAAUAGACGCGCAACCGCCCACAACAUCGAGACUUCGGCGGCUCGUGUGGCAAGUUAUAUGCAAGAACAACACAUGGAGCUCGGUCCACUCCAGACGAAUUAUGCGUCCGUUGUGACAGCACGUUUGCCAGCAGCAACACCGAUAAGCAUCCCCAACAACGCGACAAUGCAACAGCUUGGUCAUAUCGACCGAAUGGCGGCCGAACACACUGAAGCGCGACGUCUAUAAGUAAGCGCGCAAGCCCAGACGUACCGUAUGGUACGCAUACGUUUGGGAACGUUGUCGAGCCCCCCAGUUGAGUGUUUCAUUGCUGUCGAAGACCUCCGAUUAAUUUUGGGAAUUCCUCCGUUUGAUCUGACACCCAUAUUUCGAGAACCAUUUGGCGGUGAUGUUCCCAUUCCGAGUCAUUAUAUUGACGAUAUAGAUCACAUUGACCACGAAUAAUUCAUAAAUAAAGCGAAUAAUACAUCAAACUUUUUU